UAUGCAAAACUAUUGUUCAUGAAUUUCUAACUUAAAAUUGAUCGAUGAUCAUCGUAUUAACAUGUUUGUUAUAUCGAAUCAUCUAAAACUCAGAUGGAAUAUUCGAAUGAUGAGUUAUCUAUAUCUAUCGGAAAUUGAUUUAUGAUAUAGAAUCAUCUAAAAUCCAUGAGUGAGAUUAAAGCGCUGAAUAAUAUAUGUGAUGAUUGUGAAGUCAAUAAACAUAUAUUAAUUAACGCACCGGUUCCAAACCGAGCUGUGAAACCUCUAAACCAAGUGAUAAUUAAAAAUCUGAAUGAUAACAUGCGGAACAACUGUUACAGAAUAAUUACAGUACCAUUUUAAUCUUAACAAAAAUAUAUAGAUACAUAAAUAUAUGUAGAAAUUUUUGUUAAUAUUAAUUGCAUGGAUUUAACCGUUGUGUGGUGUAAACAACAGAACCCUAAAUUUUAUACGCAUCAUUAAGUGCUAGAUUUUGGAUGUGAUUUGGAUAAACUUUAGUGUAAAAUUUAGGUAGUAGAAUUUUUUGAUUUUUUAUUUUUUUUUGCUGUACUUUUAAAAGAACAAAAUAAAAUAUUAUUGGUGAUUUAAAGACUUUAGAUUAAUAUUAAAACUAAAGUCAAUUCAUACCGUCCAUCCAAUCACCUCUAUUUUUUAAUAAGAGUUUUAACCAUAUCUAGCACUUAAAAGCUGCUUAUAAAUUUAUUUAGAAGAAACUCUUAAAUGUUUUGAAUCUAAUCGUUGAAAAUAACGAGGCAAAAACGAUGGGGGAGACACAUCGCUGCAGAUGAUUCAUUAAACUUAAGAAAAAACUUGCGUAUAUAAUCCGUGAAGUCAGUUGGUAAUUUCAGUAAUGUACGGUGGAAGAAGGGUAUCACUGCAUGAGAUCAAAAUGUGUGUUUCUCAGGUUAAAGUGUCUAUGGAAAGGGAGGAUAACGACUCCAAAAACAACCGUUAUAAAGAAUGUUAUUAUGCUGGAGGCUCUAGUGAAUAUAUCAGUUGCCUCAAUCCUGAUAAGAAACCACUUCAUGAUGUGAUGGGUUUCAAAAGAGAGUUAAAUGGUAUCAUCAUGGACAUUGCACUUCAAUGGUACGUAGAUGGAUAUUCAGACACAAUGCUAGGAUAUGCUAAUGGCAUCCGCACCAACGAUGGUGGAACGCAUAUAGACGGUGUGAAAGCUUCGAUAACAAGAACUCUUAACAACUUUGCGAAACAGUCCAAGGUUUUCAAGGAAGAGGAUAUUACUUUCAGUGGGGAGCAUGUUAGGGAAGGACUGACUUGUGUUGUCUCAGUUAUUGUUCCAAAUCCUGAGUUUGAAGGUCGAACACAGACGAGAUUAGGGAAUCCAUAUAUCAGAGAAAUUGUUGACCAAUCAGUCCAGAUGUACUUAACGGAGUAUUUUGAAUUGCAUCCAGAUGUGCUUGAGAGCAUUCUCUCCAAAUCUUUGAACGCUUACAAGACUGCAUUGGCUCUCAAGAGGGUAAGAGAAGUGAUUAGAUCAAAUAGUGUAUCAACGCCAUGCACCAUUUCUGAGAAACUAACCAACUGCUCUUCUGAGAAACCUGAGAUUUUAGUAGGCAGAGGAGUUAUUUCUGGUGGCGCUGCAAAACAUGGUUGUGACUCUCUUGAUAAGCGUUUCCAAAGCAAAAGGAUGCGGGAACAGCCUCGACGUAAUAGUGCAGUCUCUACAGCUCAUGAAAAGUCUUUAGAGAAUACUAGUGAUUCAAGCUCUGACAAGAAGCGCCAAAAAACGGCUGCUGCUUCAAACCCACGAAACAGUAAAGAUGUUAGCGUCAAGAGUGACAAAGGUGGAUCCCCUGGUUCAGACAAAAUCAAACAUAUCCCAAUAGGUCAUGUUUUCCAGGCUGAGAUACCAGUUUGGAUUGCGCCAACCAAGAAGGGCAAGUUCUACGGCAGCCCCGGAGAUUCCGACACACUUAGGUGGCUAGGAACUGGUGUCUGGCCAACGUACAGCCUCAAGAAGAAAGCUCACUACAAAAAAGUCGGCGAAGGAAGAAAGGACACGUGUUCUUGCGCUUCUCCAGGAUCAACCAGUUGCAUAAAACAGCACAUUAGAGAAGAAAGGGAGCUUCUAGAGAAAGAUAUAGGGCGUGCUUUCUAUACUUGGGAGUUUGAUCAAAUGGGUGAAGAAGUGGGAUCAAAGUCAUGGACUGCCAAAGAAGAGCAAAAGUUCAAAGCUCUUGUGAAGAAUAAUCCUUUGUCAAGUUGUGAUGGGUUUUGGAAGAUUGCUUCCAAGUCUUUCCCAAGGAAAAGUGAGAAGGAUCUCACUAGUUACUACUACAAUGUUUUCCUCAUCAGACGUAUGAGAUUGCUUGCUAAGUCUUCUUCUGCUGACCACAUCGAUAGUGAUGAUGACCAAAAUGAGCACUUCUUAGGUGGAUGAACAUGUUCCUUAUCUAGUAAGCUCUUUGGUCAUAGGAUCCUUAUAGGGCAAAAGCAUCAAUCCAAAUGUGUUGUUUUGUUUUUUCAAAAACUAAUACAUCUUUGUUUUCUUCUUCAUGAACCUUUGAGAGUUUGAAAUAUUUUAAAUUUGGAUUUUCUGAGUUAGGGCUUUAAAAGUCUAGGAUUAUCCUUUUAAUU